GUCUCCUCGGCGUCGCUCUUUCCCGUCCGAGCUCUCAACAUGGCGCCGUUGAAACAGAUGAAGCAGAAGAGGCCAGCUGUUGGCAAGAAGUCCAGAAAGGGAGCUGCCUGGAAGUUCACCCUGGACCUGACCCACCCAGUGGAGGACGGCAUCCUGGACUCUGCCAACUUUGAAACCUUCCUCAAAGAGAGGAUCAAGGUGAACGGAAAGACGGGGAAUCUGGGCAACAUCGUGCAGGUCGGCCGCAUGAAGAACAAGAUCAACGUCACGUCUGAGAAGCAGUUCUCCAAAAGGUAUCUGAAGUACCUGACAAAGAAGUACCUGAAGAAGAACAACCUGCGUGACUGGCUGAGGGUGGUGGCGUCCGACAAGGAGACGUACGAGCUGCGUUACUUCCAGAUCAGUCAGGACGACGACGAGUCGGAGGCCGACGAGUAAACGGCCGCAAAACGACAAUAAACGUGGAAAAUGAA